AUGGCCGAAAAGAACGAGAACCAGAGGCACUACGAAUAUGGUAACGAUGAAAAGCAAAUUGGUAUCGAGCCAACUCCCUCCCCAGAUACCCAAGACGGCCUUCGCACUGUUGACGCGGGCCUCCCUGCCGACCAAGUAAUUUACGACCAACUCGAAGCCAGAAGAGUUCUGAGGAAGGUUGACUACCGCAUCAUCCCUUUGCUGACUCUUUUGUACCUCCUGGCAUAUAUCGAUCGAAGCAAUCUUGGGAAUGCAAAGAUCGCCGGCAUGUUCGAGGAUUUGGAGUUGUACGGAAUGAAAUACAACACCGCCUUGACCGUCUUCUUCGUCCCCUACUCGCUCUUCGAAGUGCCCAGCAACAUUGUUCUGAAGUUGAUCCGCCCAUCCAUUUGGAUAUCCAUUAUCUGCUUUGCCUGGGGUCUGGUGAUGACCUUGAUGGGCCUCGUCACCAGUUAUGGAGGACUCGUUACUGCUCGUUUCUUCCUUGGUGUGGCAGAAGCCGGUUUCUUCCCAGCCGCGACCUACCUCCUGACCAUCUGGUACAAGCGAUAUGAGGUUCAACGUCGUAUGGCCGUCUUCUACGCGGCGGCCUCCCUCUCCGGCGCCUUCUCUGGCCUCCUAGCUUUCGCUAUCGAAAAAAUGGACGGCAUUUCCGGGCUUGCCGGGUGGAAGUGGAUCUUCAUUCUAGAAGGCCUCGCUCCCAUCGCGGUCUCCUUCACUCUAUAUUUCCUCCUCCCUGACAAACCCGAAACGGCAAAAUUUCUUACCAAAGAAGAGCGGGAAUUUAUUGUCAACCGUAUCGCCCUUCACACCGGUUCCGGCCGCGGCAGAGUGACCAAUGCUGAUAAGAUCCAACUCCAUCAUAUCAAGGAUGCUUUCAAAGAGUGGAAGACCUGGAUGGCCAUCAUCCCCUUCUGGGCCUGCAGUAUUGGCACAUACGGCUUCACUGCCACGGUUCCUUCGGUGAUCAAGGAGAUGGGUUACAGCUCAGCAAACGCACAACUCAUGACCAUUCCCAUUUACGUGGCUGCUAUGAUCGCCACGGUUGUUGUCGCUUUCUGGUCCGAUAAAGUCCAGCAACGUACUCCUUUCCUCAUGGGUGGCUUCGCCAUUGCCGUGGCAGGAUUCAUCGCCCAACUCGCCAUUCCGCACCCUAAAUACUCAGGCGUGACAUAUUUCUUCCUCUUCCUUGUGGCGAUUGGAUUAUAUUGCCCAUUUACAUGUAUAGUCACCCUGAUCGGAAACAAUCUUGCUCCCUCCUCCACGCGUGCAGUUGGCAUGGCCCUCUUGAUCUCCGUGGGUAAUAUGGGUGGUAUCUGUGGGAGCAACAUCUACUACGCAUCGCAAGCCCCCAAGUACCAAACCGGCUUUGGAACCUGUUUGGCCAUCUGUGUGCUUGGAAUCAUUGCAGCCUUCAUUCUACGCAAGGCAUAUCAAGCUGAGAACAGGAAGAGAGAUGAGCUUCUUGCACAUGAGGGUGAGGAGACCAUUAAGGCCAAAUACACUGAACAAGAGCUCUUGGAUUUGGGUGACAAGAGCCCUUUCUAUCGCUACACGCUUUGA